AUGUCUACAGCAUGGAGACUGAAGUUGCUUCUUCUGCUUCAACUUCUCCUCUUGACACAACAUGGUGUUACUUCAUCAGCCUCUGUGGUUAGCUAUCUUCCUGGUUUCGAAGGUCCUAUUCCUUUCCACCUUGAAACUGGGUCUGUUCUUUCUUCCUCUGUUUUCUUCAAUAUUCAUGACUAUGUACUACAACUCAAUGAGUUUGAAUCCUUGAAUCUCUCUCUCUUUCUUAUGAAAAGCUAUAUUGGUGUUGGUGAGGAAGAGAAAACACAACUUUUCUACUACUUCAUCAAAUCAGAGAACAAUCCUGAAGAAGACCCUCUUCUUAUUUGGUUGACUGGAGGACCUUUUUGCACUGCUUUCGCUGCCCUUGCUUUCCAGAUCGGGCCGUUGACUUUCAAGACUGAAGAUUACAAUGGAGGUUUGCCUUCUCUUGUCUCCACUUCCUAUUCUUGGACAAAGGUAGCUAACAUAAUAUUCUUGGAUCAACCUGUUGGGACCGGCUUCUCUUACUCAAAGACUCCUCUUGCUGAUCCGCCUAGUGACACAGGAGAAGCAAAACAGACCUAUGAGUUUCUUCAAAAGUGGUUAUUGGAACAUCCAGAGUUAGUCUCAAAUCCUCUCUAUGUCGGUGGAGACUCUUACGCCGGUAUAGUUGUUCCAGCCAUUGUUCAACAGAUCUCAAUAGGAAAUGAACAUGGCAACAAACCAAUGAAUCUUAAGGGUUAUGUUCUUGGGAAUCCGACAACAGAGUAUGAUAGUGAUUGGAACCAUAGAAUUCCAUUUGCUCAUGGAAUGGGAUUAAUCUCUGACGAACUCUAUGAGUCACUUAAGAGAAGCUGCCAUGGGAAUUAUGUGAAAAUAGAUGCUGCCAAUACACAUUGCUUGAAAUUAGUGGAAGACUACAACAAGUGUGUUUCAAGGAUAAAUGAAGGAUCUAUUUUGAUACCAUUGUGCGAUUUAGCACCACCGACUCAAUUAUCAAUAGAGAAUGAUGGAAGAAGAAGUCUUAAAAGACUUGGCCACUCAGAUCUUUCUUUUACAACUCCUGAUUGCUAUAUGUAUCGGUAUGUGCUAGCUACGCAUUGGGCUAAUGAUGAAGAUGUGCGCAAAGCCCUUCAUGUGCUGAAAGGGAGUAUAAGGAAUUGGGUGAGAUGCAAUUGGGAUUUGGCUUAUGAGAAAGAUAUAAAGAAUAGUGUACCGUACCAUCUAAGCAAUAGCAUCAAAGGGGUUUAUAGAACACUGGUUUUUAGUGGUGAUCAUGACAUGAUGGUGCCUUUUCUUGGAACCCAAGCUUGGAUUAGAUCUUUAAACUAUUCAAUCAUUGAUGAAUGGAGGCCAUGGUUUGAUAACAAUCAAGUUGUUGGAUACACAAGGACGGAGGAGGGCACACUGCAGAGUAUAAACCAGAGGAGAGCGCCGUGA